AUGGAAGACCUACGAAAAGGGAAGGUGUUCAAGUCGGCUUUCGAAAGCAACACGUUUGAGGCAGAUGGCUCUAUUCAUGUGGAUCGUAAAGUUGGGUCGGCAACAAUCUCGCCCUCUGGACGAGAUAUUGCGCUCGCAUCUACGGACGGCCUCGACAUAAUUGACCUCGAUUCGCCCCUUAAUCCUCCUCGACAUCUUCGACAUGGACUUCCGUGGCUGGUGGCCGACGUUCAAUGGUCGCCAUUUGCAGUGCGGGAUUACUGGGUGGUCAGCACUGCAAACCAGAAAGCUCUUGUAUGGAAUCUUAAUAUGCAGGAAGAUACGGCUCAAGGUGCGAUCGAGCACACUCUAAACGGGCAUACGAGAGCCAUCACGGAUAUAAACUUUUCUGCGCAUCACCCGGAUAUUCUUGCAACAUGUGCAGUAGAUGGUUAUGUUAAUUGUUGGGAUUUGCGUCGACCCAGGCAACCUGUUCUGACGUUCUGCGAUUGGUUUGCUGGAGCAACUCAGGUCAAAUACAAUCGUCAGGACUCCCAUAUUCUUGCUUCAUCUCAUGAUCGUUGGCUGAGAAUAUGGGAUGACAGAAAAGGAGCUUCACCAAUAAGAUCCAUAAACGCUCACGAAUCAAAGAUUUACGGAGUAGACUGGAAUCGAACACGGGCUACUAGCCUAAUAACGUGUUCUUUAGAUAAAAGCAUUAAAUCAUGGGACUAUAGUAAUGAGCUAGAUGAACCCGAACGGUUGAUUCGCACAGAUUUUCCGGUUUGGAGGGCUCGUCAUACACCAUUCGGAUGGGGCAUAUUGGCCAUGCCGCAAGAUACUCCAGGUGUUCUGCAUCUCUAUGAUCGUCGAAAGCAUGAAGAAAAUCAAGAAGGAGUGGCAGCAUCUACUGUUGCGACUUUCUCUGGCCACGGAAACCACAAAGUGAAAGAGUUCCUGUGGAGGAGUCGCGGUGGCAUCACAGAUGAAGGCGUUGAUAAUCGCGAGUUUCAGCUUGUUUCCUGGGGUGAAGAUAAUCAGCUGCGCUUGGAGCAUGUCAGUUCUAAAACACUCGAGAAAGUGGGCUAUGUGAAAGGAAGUCAAGUGCACAGAAAGCUGAAUGUUACGCGCAAAGGAGCAGCAUACAAGACAUUUCGCACUGUGGAGAGCGGUUCGACUGAGAAGAAGGGAGGCACACUCACCGGAAGUAUAGCGGGUACAUCUGGUUUCAAGGUUUCUGCUUUGAGCGCUGGAAUGAAGAAAAUGUCCUAUCGGCGUAAUACUCGAACUCACAUGAUGGUUCCAGCACCAGCUGUCACAGGAAAAGAUAAAUCAUCAAAAUCUGACGACCAAAACCAAAAGCAAAUUGGUUGGAUGAGUGGUAUCAAGUUCACUAAGUUGGAGAAUUCAAACACGCAACAGAGACGUCCCACUUCACGACGGUUCUCUCUUUUGAGCCCAGAAUUCCAAGAUGACGGCGAUUGGGAUCAUCCAGAAAGCUUACAUGACGAAAUCAUCCGAAUUCAUGAACAGCUUCCGAAGAUCACAUUCGACGAUGUGAACAUGGACAAAAGAACUAUAGAAGCCUCCAUGAAUGGUCCGUGGGGAGAAAACGGCAACCCGAUAUAUAUCAAAGCUACGAUUACAUUUCCCAACCAGUAUCCGGAGAGUAAAGCGCCUACCUUUACCUUGGGGAAAACAUCGCUGAUGUCAGACGAGAUUCAUCAAAAAUUGAAACGAGAGGUACACCAAAUCGCCUCAGAAUUUGUUUCUCGUCGACAAGGCUGUUUAGAAGCCACUCUUUGCUACCUUUUAGGUGAAGUUGACUUGGAGACAAGCACGACUUUCUUCAACGAAGGCAUCGAUAGCGAUGAGGAUCUCGGAGCACUGGCAGAUGAAAGCUCGAGUGAUGAUGACGAUGUUGACAUACCCGCUGGCGCCUCAGCAAUGAUGUCUCAAGAGCUUGAUUCGAGCGCUACGGGAGAUAUGCUCACUCCAGUCAACCGAAAUGCCAAUGUUCCUCUACCCAGGCUCUGCGGUGCUCGAUUUUCACCGAACGGGAAACUAGCCUGCUUUUUUCCACCUAAGGAAGAUAAGGUUAAAUCACUUCUGGAAACACUUGUCGCCAACAAUAACGCUCGUUCCAGAGGCGAACCAAGUUUCGAGACCUUUGGAAGAUUACAUAACAACAGUUCUCCUGUCCCCCGUGUGAAGAGUGUAUCUAUUGCUUCAGAGAGCAAGACCGACUCGGAUGCAUCUGAAGAAUCUGAGCUAUCGUCUUCAAGCGGUUCAGAUUCAUCGCAUUAUCGGGUUAACCGAUUCCCAAUUGCCCAGUAUUUUGGCAAUGUGAAAGGUCAUAAAACCUGGAUCAGAGGUCCACCAACAAUCUUGUCUCAGAGAUCCAGCGCAGCUGGUACGGGGACCGGGACAGGAACCGGCACAGGUAUUGGUGGUCGGAGACACACAUCUAAACCAAAGAACAUAGUCUCUCUUCAUCAAAUCUCGGACCUUCUGCCAUCGAAGGUAGCUCUCGCAGACGAGUAUGCAAUCUUUGGCGAUGGGCCAGAUGUAUGUGAGCACAAUGCAGCUGUCGCUGAGAAGCACGGUUUUGUUGAGACUGCAGAUGUAUGGAAAUAUGCGGCUAUGCUUCUACAUAAUGAGGUGCCACUAGAGCUGCUUGAUCAGACUCACCGUAGCCAACCGAUAUUCGUCAUUGCGAAGGAAGCUGCCAAGCGACAUCGUAGAGACAGUGGAUCUGACAGUGGUUUAGAUGUUUCAUAUGAUUCUCACGGCCGUAGAAAUAGUUUAUCUGGACGAGUGAAGUGGGGACACAGCCCACUUGCAAAACAGCUCAUUAGUGAUUUGUUCGUUCACUACGAGCGGCUUGCCGAUGUUCAGAUGCUAGCCAUGCUGUCUUGCGUUUUCAAUGAACCGCAUUCUGAAGAGUCUAUUGCUCGCCCGGAGAUGCAUAUGACACAACCACAAACACCAUUACCCAUGAAAACACCAGCGUUCUCUCUUGACUAUUUUCCAACCGACGCCGCUGCGUGGAGUAAAUACCUUAAAACUCCAAUCAACUCCGUUGUAUCAACACCAAAGAUCUCUCAGACCCCGUCAGGGUUGUAUGGCUCAGUUGGGUCCUCCAAUGGAGGUACUUGGGGCAGCGAUCCUGCUUCGACCUCGUACUCCUGUGGAGAAACGCCGCCUCUUCGCUCGGCGCGAGGAAGUCAGGAACAACUCCACAACACCACCCAAAGCUUGUCAACGUCUCCAGAUAAUGCAAGAAGCUUUCGCCGAGUGAACUCGGGGUUUGCAGCAACGAGUUUAGCUGCUUUGUCGCGUCCCUUUUCGAUGGCAGCCUCUUCGUCACCCCCAAAUCCACCGCCAAGUCGUAAACGCCCUAGUCCCGUUGACAACAUAGUGAAUGCAGUUACAUGGGGAGGGGCUACCGUGCUUGGUAGUGUGAAAGAGCAGCAUUCUUUGGACAUAUCUUCCUACUCGGACGACGAAGACAUGAAAGAUGAUUGGCAACCCACGAUUUGCACGGGAAUUAGUCUCACCAUGGAAAACCAAAGCGCUUUCGACGACGAAGGGUGUCUUAAUUCCGGGUUGUUGGAGGUCACCCAUUCUUCGCUGUAUGCCAGCUAUCGCAGAGCUUACGCAGAACUUCUUUUUCUAUGGGGCCACCCAUUAGCUCGACUUGAAGUGCUGAAAUUCAACGGCCUCAAAGAGAACUUCAUAGAGACUGAGUCAUCGGACAACAAGUCUUAUGCUGCGUCAGUCCUUUCAAACAAUACUCUGACCUCAGCCCUCGAUGUCGCACCUCCUUCACCAAUAUUUCUUGGCAAGAAAGACAUACCACCUCCAACUCGACCAUCAAAUGAUCAUGGUCUCAACGUCACAGGGUACUGCCUGAAGCACGAGACACGACUGGAACCGCUCGAUGCUCAUCUUGGUGGCGGCGGAGCUGUCGGUCGUUGCGAAAAGUGCAAACACACCCAACGUCAAUUGCGCUGCACGAUAUGCGUGGAGCCUGUCUCCGCACUUUUCGCUUCUUGUCUAUCUUGUGGCUGUGUGACUCACCAGUCUUGCCUCCUGUCCUAUCACUCACAUGGAAAUACUCACUGUCCUGGCGGCUGUGACUGCGAUUGUGGCAAGAAAGCUAAUGAUUGCCUCGUUGAGAGCUGGAAUUAUUUGACAAGCGCGAUCGAGGAAAUGAGGAGAUUAGAUGAGCUGAAUAAAGGCGACGUAAAGAAAGAAGGCAAAGAUGGGAAGGAAGGUUUGUCGGGUUGGGAGGGCGAGGAGAAAAGUGAAUGGGAUGAUAGUCGAGGUAGUAACGUGGGUCUGGGUGCUCAAUUAAGAGGGAGGUUGAGCCAGGUCAAGGGGGGAGAAUGGGGAAUGGGUGGGGCUAAGAGGCGGGCUAGCAGUCUGAGGAAGGUUGAUAUGUGA